UGCACGUUUCGAAGAGCUUGGCCAUGUCGGGGUGGUCGGAUCCUGGGCGCAUGGCCCUCCUCGCGGAGAGUGGCAUCCACAUGCGUGGCAGCUGGACCGGGUUAAUGGAUCAUUUGAUUGCAGCUUCCCUCAACGCAAGGUGAAGACAGUCUACAAUCCCUGUGGCCCACUGCCCUGGAACAAUCGCAACCGAAGCCUUCUCUUCUUCACAGGAUUUUUCAACUUGACGCUGCAGAUAGACAACCUAAUCUUUGACGUUUCAAGCGUCUCAAGCCCUUUUGCAAAGAGACGUUUUUGGCCAGCCUCACAAGACUCACCUUGCAGUGGUCCGGACGAUGUGCACGAUUCCACCUUUCUCGGAGGCUACCCUGUUCGUUUGGUUCAGCAAGGGAGGUAUUUGCACCACUGGUUGAUCGUGAACGUGACUUGCGGGGCAGGCGCAGCAAACACGGCCGUUUUGGAGCUGCGCGUCUGGCCUAAGUGCCUUGAUGUUCACCUUAUUGGAGACGACGUGGACUUCCUGGGACACUUCCAGGAAGAUGGCUUCGCUACAGUCGCUGGACGCGGAUAUAGUGGGGUGGGCCUUUGCUACUCAGUGCCAAGGAGAAAGUUCGAUGAGGCGUCCGUGCCUGCAGACUGCUGCCCGCUUGGUGAGUCUCUUUGUGGAUUUGGUCCUUCCAAAACGUGUGCCAGGCCAUUGAGGACAGCGGGUGGGAUACCCCGUCCCUUGGUGUACGAUGAGAUCGGACCAGGUCUUCCUGCGUGGGGUGAUGGUCACGCAUGGCGUGUGCUUUUGAAAAGCCAAGAGAAGAAUCAUGCCUUUCAGGUGUUGCAAGUGUGCUUCGUAAUAUCAGCGGGAAGCCGUCAGGUGUACACCUGCAGUUGAGCAAAAAUUGGCACCUCAACGACUGUUACUGGGGUCGCAUUCGCUAUGAUGGCACAUGGUACUCUGCCAUUGUCGAGCUGUCUCUUCCGCCUUUCACACAGAUCCAUGCGGAGCUGUUGGUCGUGUACCAAUUCUUUGGGCGGCUUCAUAGCGUGUCCCAUGCACAGCUCUCCCUCAUAGGGUGGCCGGGCUCCAAUGGCUUGUGGGAGGAAGUUGGCCUCGGGGCUGAGGGUGAGUCGAUCACCUACGAACCCAACUUGCAGCAGAGGCGGAACAUGAUUCUUGACACUCGGCCCUUCCUGGUUUGUGCGAUGGACACUCCCAAAUGCCAUUGCUUCAAGGAGGUCAACUCGAGCGGCAGCUUUGCAGAGAUACGAUGCGAGUCAACCAAGGCCGAAGGCUGUCUGGGAGAUGUGGAAACCACCGGCUGGACGGAGAAUCAUGGUGGCUCUGACUUUCUCGUGGCCAUCAAUGAAACUGGGUCUUAUCAAUACCUCACAAAUGUCACAUCUUGGCAUUUCUCCAAUGGCCCACGCCUCACGAAUGCCAGCUACGACGGCCUCACCUCUGAUGGCGCAGUGCAGGUUCAGCGGCAGGUAAGCACCUGGGCCACGCAAGACUUUGCUCGACAUUUGCACUCUUUUCGCUACAAGGUCUUGAGGAAUGUCUCCUAUCCACGGUUUGCACUCUACGUCCUCGGAGCUGACUGGUACAACUUUGUAGCUGAUCCAAGCUUUAUCUAUGGUGACAUGAAUGGGCUGCACGGGAUGGCUUCGAAUCUCUCAGAGCAGCUGGAGCGAUACGAAUACUCCACGACCUUCAGACACAUGUCUUGUCAUGUGCCCUGCUGGUUUGCCAUGCUCACAAAGUCUACUCAGGAGACGCAUCAUGCCCAUCGUGGUCUCAUUUUGAGACAAUUUUCUGCAGAGGUUGGAGGAAGACGUGAAGGUCCAACAUUCUCUCUCAUCGGCGCUGACCACUUUGGCCAACGCACGUUGGGCUUGGAGCUGGGGGCUGGCAGUGCCCAACACUUUCAGGCUGGGGACACCAUCUCUGGCGAAGUGGAACUUUUGCUGUAUCCCAAGAAAGAGUCCGUCUACUAUGGUCGAGCAGCAUUGCAGCUACAAAACGACUGGGAGUUGGUUUUCCGAGAGACCCAGUUGGAGGUGCAUGUGCUGGAGGGUCAGCUUCAACGCAAGCAUCCUUUGCGCCUUCUUGUGAAUGCCAGAGGACAGGCAGAAUUCAAUUUCAGUAUACCAGCGAACUACUCAGGAGUGCUGCCUGUGACCAUUGCCGGGGUCGAGGGCUUGCAGGGUUGCCUGCAACACUUCCAGCACGAAGUCUGCAAAGCGGAGUUCGAAGGUGGCGAGUUCCAAGUGGAUUACAUAAUGAACGAAGGCUAUUCAUACACCUACAGCUUGCCAGACGUGGAAGAGCCUCACUUUUACUUUGACUCUGACUGUGGGGCAGCUGGCUAGCUGAUGAGUCACUGGACCAGUCGACCAGCUGAGUCGGUUGAGAUGGCCUCAGAAGCGUAAGAAGACGCCAAGUCUGAAUUUCCACGAAGCUCCUGAGAAGACCUGCAAGGACGGCUCAUGUCUGUCAUUCCAGAGUACGGACACAUCGCUCUGGGUCCUGUUGGGUACGACUGGCUGCAGAAGGAGAUUCGAUGUGAAGCACAUCGUGGAGACCGGACACAGACUUUGGAGACUAAACAUCGUGGAGACUUUGUCAGCGUAAAAUCUCUAUUUCUUGGUGAGUGAGUACCAACCAUGUGCUCAUAGCAGAGGCUUGGCAGAGGGCUGAUGAAGCAGUGUAACAAGCUAAAGCCUCCGCUCCGAGCUUCUUUUGGGAUGGCUCACCAUGAUAGCAGGCAGGAGG